AUGAACUUAGUUGAUAUGAAUUCAUAUUUACCAUAUCUACGUCAUUCGGCAUAUAAUCAUCAACAAAAUCGAUAUAUGUCAAUUAGUACAAAUCCUAAAACUAUUCAUUCAUCAUUGUCAAUAUAUUCUUCAAAAAAAGAAAAUUCAAUACCUUUAUUAAUUCAAUUAUGUUUUCAUUCAAAUGAAAAUUAUGCAUAUCGUACAAUGCGUACAUUACUUUCAUCACGUUAUUCGAAUUCACCUAAUGUAUAUGAUGAAUUUGGUUGUAAUUUACUUAUGUAUACUCUACGAUAUCAACGUUAUAAAUUAUUUGAAUUUUUAUUAAAUGAAACAAUUUUUGAUAUUAAUCUUCAUGAUAAAGAUCAACAAGGUAAUACAAUUCUUCAUUAUGCAAUAUUAUAUGGAGGAAAUAAUACACAAAUAAUUGAUAAAUUAAUUGAAAAAUAUAAUAAAUUUUCUAUUGAAAUUGAUGAAAGAAAUAAUUAUGGAUUUACACCAUUAUUAUUAGCUGCUUUUUGUGGACGAUAUGAUCUUGCUUUGAGUUUAUUAACUGAAACUGAUGCAUCACCAUUUGUUCGUGAUCAUAUUCAAUUUAAAAAUAUAUUUGAUUAUAUUGAAAUCGAUAUGAAAAAUAGAGAAUUUAUUAGUCAAUAUCAGAAUAAUCAAAAAUCUUCUUUAUCAAAUUCUAAAUCAAAACGUUUACAUGUUCGACAUCAUCAAACUAUUCAUUCUCGACAAGAAAUUUCAUUUCAAAUAAAUCAACCGAAUAAUAAUAAUAAGAAGAAUUUUUUUGAAACUAUUUUACCUCAAGCUAUUGAACAUGACUUAAAUUUAUUACGUUCAUCUAUUAUGAAAAUGUAUGAUUUUGAAUAUUUUUAUUCUAGUUUAAGACAUCUUCUAAGUUAUUUAAAAGAACGAUAUCCACGUAUUAAAACUUUACAAUUAUUAGAAAAUGCACAUGAUAUAACAAUAACAUUAAAACUAGCAUUACAACAAGAAAAUUCCAAAACAAAUGUUCAUCGUAUUUUAAAUUUAUUUGAUCCAAAUCUAAGACCUAAAGUAAUACCAUUAAAAUCAUCUUCACAAAAAGUAUUGUCAACGACUAGAAUGCCUAUGACAUUUAAACGAUUGGGUACCAAAAUAACAACACUUACUUCUUUUUCUCGAAUGCAAGUCAAUAAUAAACGUUCUGCACUCGUAGCAACUAAUAACAAAUAA